AUGACAGAGGUUACUAGUGCCGAUUAUUCCAAGCAAGGAUACCAUGAAAUACCAAAGAUGGCGUAUACCACACCCAUCAAUUGGCUUAUACUCUCAGAUAACAAAAUAAGGGAAGUACCUGAAAGCAUAAAGGAGCUCAAAACUCUCAGCAGGCUUGCAUUAAAUGAUAACAGAAUCGAAGAAAUACACCCCGGCAUAGGCUCCCUUGUGGGUCUCACCUGGAUAGAUCUGACUAGAAAUCGACUUAGAGCAUUACCUGACGAAAUGGAAAAUCUAAAGAGGGUCUCGGGGCUUGGCCUAAGCGAAAACAACUUCUCUGAAAUCCCAAAGUGUAUAUUCAAGAUGACAAACCUUCGGAAGUUCGGGUUUUUCUCAAACAAGAUCAGAGCCAUUCCAAAGGACAUCAAGUUUCUUAUAAACUUGAUCAAAAUAGAUUUAUCUAACAAUGAGAUUUCCUCACUUCCAGAUGAGUUCUGCGAGUUAAGGAAUCUAAAUUGGCUGAACUUGUCCAACAAUAAGUUACAAAAGCUUCCGGACGGGAUCAACAAUUUGGUGCGAUUGGAGGAGCUUGGGCUUGGAGCAAACAACCUUACAGAGCUACCGGACAUGAGCAACCUGAAGAAACUGAGAAUACUUCCAGUCUUCAAGAACCAGCUCACACAAGUCAAUCAAAGUAUAGCUUGCCUCAAUAGUAUUGAGAAGCUCGACUUCAGUGAUAACAACAUCACAGAGUUUCCUGGGCAUGUAAUAGGUAUUCAAACUCUAAGAUACUUGAAUCUGAAGUCAAACAAGAUCUCGAAGAUAGACCCAAGCACGUUCAAGAACCGAGUAUCAUCUGUCUCAAUAAUAGACGUGAGCGACAACCUUCUUAGUUGCAUCCCUCUAAAGUUUUUCAAGACAUUCUCAAAUGUAACUGUAAUAAGAGUAGGAGAAAAUCCAUUUGUCUACCAUGAGAGUAGGCCUGCUCCCAGCCCAGGCUUGACAGAGUUAUGCUACAACAAAUGUCUGAAUAUGCAGUAUAAAUGUGAAGGAUGGAUUAGAAAACGAUAUCCUGAUGUAAAAAACUGCGAUGCUUGUAACAGACUGUUUACUACACAGCCACAUCUAGGAUAUAGCCUUAGCUCUGUUGGAGAUGGAAGUACCUUUGUUAUUGAAAAGAUGCUAUGUUCUUAUGAUUGUUACAGAAAUGAAUAUAAAUAA